AUGUUCCCAACACGCAGCCGAAGAAAAGGGGCCCCCUUAUUACCCCUCAGGUUUCUCACCACAUGGUCCCUCCUCGCUUCAUCAACAACAACACUGGCGUUAUCCACCAUCCACAACCCCAAAUACCAAUGUCCCUCCUCCCCACCCCCAGCUUUCACGCCACACCAACUCCUCUCUGCCAGCUGCCCCCGUCCCAUCCCUGGUUCACUGACAGAAACCCUCUUUUCCAACUCCAGCUCCCACAUCACCCCCUGGACCCACGCCCCAGUCUGCGAGCUCACCAAUGGCCUGACCGGUCAAUACUGCACCUACACCAACUCCCACCACGGCCACCGCGGCUUCUCCCUUGUCACCACGCCCUCCCGCGCCGCAGACGUUGCCUCCUGGUUUCUUGACCUCCCCUUGCCCAAACCCUCGGACGGCGCUGAAGGCGAGAAAUACAAAGUCGUUACCAUCCCCGGAAAAGGCAAGGGCGUCAUAGCCACGAAGGAAAUCAAGCAAUGGGAGGAGAUUUUACUUGACUAUGCCACGCUCGUGGUGGAUGUUGGUUUCACGGUGGAGGUGAAUGCGUUGAGGGGGUACAGACUGCUGCAUAAAGCGGUCGAACAGAUGGGUGAUGGGGGUAACGGUGUGAUGGAACUGGGGAAGAGCAGCGAGCACGCUCAGGAUGUGGUGGAGAACGUUCUGAGGACGAAUGCGUUUAGCACGAGGGUCGGGGAGGGGGAUUACAUGGCGGUUUAUCCUACUGUUUCGGUGAGUCUUGUCUCCCCCACGGGGCUGUUGAAUAGCGGAAAGAAAAGCAAAAUGCUAACAGCACAUCCCUCCAGCGCCUACACCCGCUUCAUCCAAGAAUCCCUCCAAGUCUCCAUCGCAGCCUCCAAACCCAUCUCCCCGGGCGAGGAAAUCACCAUCUCCUACCUAACCCUAGGCAAAACCUCCUUGGAACGCGCCCACCUCCUCAAAAAAUGGGGCUUCACCUGCUCCUGCCCCCUCUGCACCUCCCCCCCCUCCACCAUCGUCGCCUCCGACGCCCGCCGGAAAGAAAUCGCAAAGCUCCAAGACCUCGCCAUCCGCGCCUUCCAAGCCAACAAGCCGUACCAAGCUCUGCGCCUGACGAGACAGAUCUUGCCUCUUCUGCCAAAGGAGGAGCUCUUCCCGCUUGAGAGUGAGCAGUUGGAGAAUAUGAGCAGGAUUUACUUUGUGUUGAACGACAUGGACAAGGCGGAAAAGUACGCGAGGCUGAGUUUGGAGGUGCUGGCGAGGCAGGGGUAUAUCAAGGGGGUGGAGGGGUGGAUGGUGGGCAAGAUGUUUAGAAGGUUUGAGGAGGAGGAGGGGCCUAGGGGGGUGAGGUAUUGA